AAGAGCAACAGGCAUGUGGAAUGGCAGCGGGCCAGUAAGUUAAUCCAAGUUGGAAACUAAAUCCAGGUGCUCAUAUAUCCAGACAGCAGUGCGUUCAGAACAGACUCAGGACUUCACUAUGGCUUUUCUCACCUAUUUUUUGACUAGAUCCGAUGUGAUAAUAUAUUUAGCAGUUUGCAUUGUUUUGCUUAUCUACUGGUUAAAUGGAUCAAAGAAGAGCAGAGCAAAGAUGCCUCCCGGACCUACCCCUCUGCCCUUCAUUGGAAACCUCCACCAGUUGGACCUUAAAAAUACCCACCAAUCACUGAUGGAGAUGUCUGAGAAGUACGGGGACGUUUUUACUCUGCAUUUUGGACCUAAGAGAGUAGUGGUCAUUGCCGGAUACAAGGCUGUGAAAGAAGCUCUUGUCACCCAGAGUGAUGAUUUUGUAAACAGAUCAAGCCCUCCACUCUUCGACUUAAUAUCAAAGAACCAUGGUAUAAUAUUUUCCCAUGGAGAAGAAUGGAAAUCUAUGAGGAGAUUCACACUAUCAACUCUUCGAGACUUUGGAAUGGGGAAAAAAUCUCUAGAAGGCAGAAUUCAAGAUGAAAUCAUUGCCCUUAUAGAAAGUUUUAAAUGUUACAAUGGCAAACCAUUCGAUCCACACCUGAUAGUAAACUGUGCAAUAUCCAAUGUCAUCUGCUCCAUUAUCUUUGGGAAGAGGUUUGAGUAUGAAGACCCAACAUUUCAAAAAUUAAUCAGAAUGUUAGAUGAAUAUGCCAAAGUGACGGGUGAACCCAAAGCACUGCUGUUCAAUUUUUAUCCCUUCAUUGGAACACUCUUGGGUCUACAUAAGAAAAUAAUGCAGAACAUCGAAAAUCUAAUAGACUUUAUAAAAAAAAAUGUUAAGAAAAAAAGACUAGAGUUCAACGCCAAUGACAUCACCGGAUAUAUCGAUGCAUAUCUUUUGAAACAGGAACAGGAGUCAACAAAACCUGAGACCUAUUUUCAUGAUGAAAAUCUGUACCAUUCAGUCCUCGAUCUCUUUGAUGCUGGUACUGAAACUACAUCUACAACAAUCCGUUGGGGAAUUUUGUUGAUGAUGAAGUAUCCGGAAAUUCAAAAGAAAAUUCAGGAUGAAAUUAAAACACAUCUUAAACCAGGACAGUUGCCAGCAGUAGAGGAUAGAAAAAAAAUGCCUUAUACUGAUGCAGUAAUACAUGAAGUACAGAGAUUUGCCAAUAUUGUUCCAGUGAACCUGUCACAUGCCCCUCCAACUGAUGUGUAUUUUCGGGGAUACUGCAUCCCAAAAGAUACAGAGGUUAUUCCAUUCCUGACAUCAGUUCUCAAUGACAAGACUCAAUGGAAAACUCCCUAUGAUUUUAAUCCCAAUCACUUUUUGGAUAAAGAUGGGAAGUUUGUCCGAAAUGAUGCAUUUAUGCCUUUCUCUGCAGGAAGAAGAGCUUGUGCUGGAGAAAGCUUGGCCAGAAUGGAACUUUUCCUGUUCUUCACCGGACUUCUUCAAGCAUUUACUUUCUAUCCACCACCAGGAGUUUCCAAGGAAGAUUUAAUUCUCAAGCCCGAUGUUGGAUUCACAUUAACCCCUGCAAAAUAUAUGACAUGUGCCAAACUGAACUAGUAGUAUAUUUUGGACACAAUUGACAACACAGAGGCUAACGUUGGUGUUGAUUAUGUUUAUAAGGGGUUUUCUGUGAAAAGUAUUUCUGUAUUGAAAAGCCAUCUUAAUUACACAUGACACACCUGUAGAAAAAAUGUUAUGCUUACUUCUGAAGUUUUCUGGAUCAACCAACCAGGAACCUUAUCAUGUGAUGUUUAUCUUCUUAAAAUCCAGCUUCUGUUGAGAUGACCUCUUUUUCCAGGUUUCCAACAUGAUAAAGAUGUGGAUAUCAUUCUUGAUCAACUAAGAUGGCCCCCAUAUACUCCAAAUCUUAGACAACGCCUUAUGUACUCGAUUUGGGACCAAAGCACAAAGGUUUCGUUCUACCCAAGAGGACCCUCCUCCUUAAUGUGUCAUAUAUGACGUAUGCUGUACUGAUGUUAGUGUGAAGCCAUUACGAUAUGGCGCUGGCACCAAGAUAUUUACAUAGUUAACAUACCAAAGUUAGUAAAAUAAUGCACAAUGAGCAGAUGCCAAGUAUUAUCUCUUUUCUUAUUUUUUUAUUUUAGCCAAUGAAACAAUGGCAUGAGCAUCAGUAGAGGAACGCCCUCUCUGAUAAUAUAAAAACUGCUUAACUUCCUGUAAUAAAUGAGAACUGCUUUGACCAUG